ACAGCGGAGGAUUCAAACUGAACAUGGCUGCGGGUAAAAAUGUCGAUGAAAACAAACAAAAUAGAAGAGGCGUAGUGUGCAAUAUGGUGAUGAAUCAUGAGGAAUCACCCGGGGGCUCUUGUGCUGACCGACCACAAGUCCUCUUCAGCCCCGACUUUUUUGUGGAGAAACUCCGCCAUGAGAGCCCUGAUGUUUUCCUGGAGCUGGUGCUUAGUAACAUUACUCGCCUCAUUGAUCUACCCGGGACGGAGUUUGCACAGCUCCUUGGUGAGGAGGGCCCUAAGACGCCAACAGGUGGAAAUGGAGGUUUCUUUCGCUCUUUCAACUUCCUCAAACGCAAAGAUAAAGGCAUUGUGUUUGGAACCACGCUGACAGAGGGCUGCAUUGCCCAGAUCUACCAGCUCAUUGAGUACCUCAGCAAAAAUCUGCACGUAGAGGGUCUGUUUCGGGUGCCGGGGAACAGUGUUCGCCAGCAGACCCUGAAAGAGCUCCUCAACAGCGGGGCCGAAGUCGACCUGAAGUCUGGGGACUUUCACCCCAAUGACGUGGCCACGCUGCUCAAGACUUUCCUGGGAGAGCUGCCCGAGCCCCUGCUCACACACAGACACUUCCACGCACACCUCAAGAUAGCUGAUAUGACUCUGUUUGACGAACACGGCAACAAGACUGCGUUACCCAACAAGGAGCGUCAGAUAGAGGCCCUGCAGCUCCUCUUUCUGCUGUUACCCCAGGCCAACCGCUCACUGCUGAAGCUCCUGCUGGACCUGCUCUACCACACUGCCAAGCAUCAGGACAAAAACAAGAUGUCCGCCUUUAACCUGGCCCUCAUGUUUGCCCCGCAUGUCCUUUGGCCCAAACAUAUGACAGCCAGUGACCUGAAAGACAAUCUGAAGAAACUGAACAGCAGCAUGGCCUUCCUCAUCAAACACUCACAGAAACUCUUCAAGGCUCCAGUCUACCUGCGGGAAUAUGCCAGAGGUCACUUCACUGGCUCCAAGGCUCUGCAGACCAAGGACGACCUGGAGCUGCUGGCGGCGAGCAGCUCUCCUGCUCGGCGGACAGUGGUGACCCUGAAGAGGACUGCCGUUCAGGGCCCCAGUUCUCAGGAGCAGUUCCAGUCACCAGCUCAACAAUACACAGAAGACGCUCUGAAGGAGCUCUUCAGACACGUCAACCACAACAUGCCUGACUCCGCCAAGAAGAAGAAGCUUGUCCGACAGUUGGUCAAGCAGACAUCCGCAGACACACCUUCUAAAGAGCAGCACCUGCUUCUCCCAGCUCCCGGCAAGAAACAUCCACGUUCCCGCUCCUUCGGUGGUCUCAUCAAGCGCAAAGCUCGUGGUGAGCAGCUGACAGCAGAAAGGCGGCUCAAACACAUCUCCCCUGAUAUUGUCACCAGGACAGAAAGAAAACCUGGGAAAGAGAACGCCGUGUGGCAAGGGGUGAAGAGCCCGUUGAAUGGUCCUGUGUUGGGGAAGGCGGGGUUGGUAGUGAAAAACCCAGACUUGACUUUCAAGAAGGACAAAGCGCUAAAGGUUUCCAAGCAGGACUCUCUGCCUGUGACCAGGAUGUGUUUCUCUCCUGCUCAGGAGAUCUCACUGUAAGAACCCCUCACCUCUUCCUCAUCGCGGACAGAACUUGGGCAGUAUUAAUUAUUAUUCCUCUUGUUUAUCGUCAUGUAUUUUUAUUUUUUAUUAUUGUAGUACGUCUCUUUCUUUUUUAACUGUGACUAACAUACAGAGGCGUUAGCUUUGGCCACAACAGCCAAACGAAAGCCAGGAACUUACCGCCGGACAUUCAUCAAGACGGGAGUGAGUGUUACAAACCGGUACCAACAGGUGAAUUAAACCCUCCCCUGUAGCUUCGCUCUUAGAUGUAAAGUUGCAUGAUGUGGAUAAAUUGAAUCUACUUUUAAUCGAACUCAUAUUGCAUGCUAAAUGUUAAUUCUUGUAAUAUAUUGUUAAAACUCAACCAAUUUAAACUUAUUAUAGCAUUCAGAUUAUAGAAUUUUCCAGAUAAACUAUUUUUUGCCUGUUUUAAGUUGAACACCUUAUAUGUAAACAUUGGAUUAUUGAUCAGCCACAGUUUUGAUUGAAAUUUGGGAGAAUUUCUGCUGCUGGAUAAAGUCUGCAGCAGCUGCUUUGAGCUAUGCAGUUUUAAAAACACACACAACUUUCAAACCAUUAAUUUAUUUGGUUUUAUUCCACAUAAUAGUCUGGUUUUGAUAGUAUUUUGGGAUCUUUUAAACAUAAGAAUUUGAAAUUAAGCUAUAAAUCUGCAUUAUAUGAUUUGUUAAAAGUUCAUGUUUUUAAAAUGCGCUAAAUUAUUUACAUAGAAGCAUUAACACUUAUCAUAUUGCAUGCUGCUCUGUUUUGGAUUAGACUUUGUCUGAACUUUGGGGCUGAGCUCUACCUUAAUGUGAAUAACUUAAAUUUAACAGUGAGCAUGUUCUUAACUUUGCUGCCUGUGCCGGUCAUCACCUGAAAUUCGUUUUUUUUUUUACUACCAUUAGAAUUGUUGACGACUAGCAAGCUGAGUUUACAGUCCACUACAGUGUAGAAUAUGUAUACAGGUACAAGUCUAUCUGUGUGUGUGUGUGUGUGUUUUUUUUUUUAAAGAUUUUCUACUUUGCUUUUAUUCGGGAACUGUGACGUUGGGUUUUUUGUACUAUGUGUUGUAACUCUUUGGUUACUUGAUGAUAUUUUCUCAGUGUUAUGCUACUGAAUAUUGAGUCAGUGAGUAGGUCACUUUAUUUUUCAAAUGUUUCAUCUGGAAAUGAAAACAGGAUUUAAUUUACUACUCUCACAGACUUGCUUAAUAUGAAAAUAUUGAAUGGGAUCCCUGUUUGUGAGUCUGUGAAAUAUGAAAUGCUUUAAACAUUCCCCUAUACAUUUUUUUUCCUUCAGCUGGAUGAUGGAAGGGUCAAGUGGUUGAGAGAUUUGUUAUGUUGAUUGUUUAAAAGAAAGCAUAAAGAGUGAUUUUGAAUGAAUUUACUCUGGUUGAAAUGAGCAGUAAUCUGUUACAGUCUGGUCCUCUAUUCUUAUCAUGGUGUGACUGUGAGGCAAGAACAUGAGUCUGAGUAAAGUAAGAAGGGAACUUCAAGUCAUAGGUGGGAUAUUUUGAUGUAUGAGCUACUUAUCCAUAGCCUGUGUAUAAAUUACAGUAGAUGGCCAUCAGCACGCCCCCAGUUUGGUUGAAGCAGGCCGGAGUACCGACACGGAAGCUAAGCAAUGUACUGCUGUGAUCAGGGACAGCCUCUUAACGUAUUUUAGAC